UGGCCAAAAAACCAUAGAAACUACUUGUUCGUUUAAUGACAAAAAGCCAAUGUUGCGUUCCAUUCACCAACUCCCUUUCUUCUCUGUUCGUACAACCCGCAUCCAAACAUUGUCUUACUAUUCCUUCCUCUGUUUCUCCUCUCCUCUCCCUAAACCCCAAUCCUCUUUCGCUCCCGCCAAAACCCUCUCCACCGCCAUUAUCUCAUGGACCUUCAACGGAGGUGGAGGAGGAAGCGGCCGCAACACCAUCUGGAGUGUUUCAGCCAGGCGCAUUUCCUCCAUUCCGACGCUGCAACCGGAAACGGUGGUUGAUUGGAACGACGCCGUUUCCUCCUCGGAGGUAGGCGAUGUUGGCGACGACAACUACGUCGAUGAUAGAACGUUGGAAGAAGACACUAAACGCUCUAUUCCAGUUCGAGCUUAUUUUUUCUCCACAAGUGUGGAUUUGAAAGGAUUGGUGGAGCUGAACAAGCAAAAUUUUAUACCACCCACAUCGCGAAUGACUAAUUAUAUAGUUCUUAAGUUUGGCAAUCUUGCUACUUCACCUGGUCCUGGUGCCUUCAUAAGUGGAAGUGACUGCUGUUUCAUGGUGGUAUUCCAUUAUGGCUCCAUUGUGUUGUUCAAUGUGCACGAACAUGAAGUGGAUGAUUAUCUGAAAAUUGUUGAGCAACAUGCAUCAGGAUUGCUUCCUGAAAUGAGAAAGGAUGAGUAUGAGGUAAGAGAGAAGCCAACUCUAAACACAUGGAUGCAAGGUGGAUUGGAUUACAUUACGUUGCAAUUCUUGAAUAUUGAUGGAAUCCGUAUCAUUGGAAGUGUUCUUGGUCAAAGUAUUGCUCUUGACUACUAUGUGCGCCAGGUUGAUGGGAUGGUUGCUGAAUUUACCGACAUAAACCGUGGGAUGGAAAAAACAGGAACAUUUACCAUGGACAGCAAAAAACUUUUUCAGAUAGUAGGAAAGGCAAAUUCUAAUCUUGCUGAUGUGAUUCUUAAGCUUGGACUUUUUGAGAGAUCAGAUAUUGCCUGGAAAGAUGCCAAAUAUGCUCAAAUAUGGGAAUUUCUACGAGAUGAAUUUGAAUUAACUCAAAGAUUUGCAGGUCUUGAUUUUAAGUUGAAGUUUGUGGAGCACAAUAUUCACUUUCUUCAAGAAAUUCUUCAAAAUAGGAAAUCAAAUUUUCUGGAGUGGCUCGUCAUUGUGUUGAUAAGUGCUGACAUUGUUAUCUCUCUCUAUGACCUUAUUAAGAGGUCAUUAUGACCCUUGUACAGAGGAAUUGUUAGCCAGAUUCAUCCAUUAUACUCUUGAAAUCAGCCACCAUUGGCAUGCCAGCUCGAAGGUUGUGGAUUUUUUGGUUACUUUUUAAUUAGCUUGAAAUAACCUGCAAGCUAUCAUAGCCUACAUUAUUUUUUUGCUUUUCUUGUCUCUGUCUAAUUUCCUGUUUACUUUAAUUUUUUAUUAAGGCUCCAAAUGUGAUGAGAUUGAUUCCGAUGAGAUUACAAAUAGUAAUAAAAGUAUUUAAUGAGAAAUUUAUGUAGAACGAACGUUACUAGAUCUAUCAUUU